AUGCGAGCCGCCUCGAGCCUCCGCGGCUGCGUCUGCCUGCUGCUCGCCGCGAUCCUGGACCUGGCGCGCGGCUACCUGACUGUCAACAUUGAGCCUCUCCCCCCUGUGGUGGCUGGGGACGCCGUGACCUUGAAGUGCAACUUCAAGACGGAUGGUCGCAUGCGUGAGAUCGUGUGGUACCGGGUGACAGAUGGCGGCACCAUCAAGCAGAAGAUCUUCACGUUCGAUGCCAUGUUCUCCACCAACUACUCCCACAUGGAGAACUACCGCAAGAGGGAGGACCUGGUGUACCAGUCCACUGUGAGGCUGCCCGAGGUCCGGAUCUCAGACAACGGUCCCUACGAAUGCCACGUAGGCAUCUACGACCGAGCCACGAGGGAGAAGGUGGUCCUGGCAUCGGGAAACAUCUUCCUCAACGUCAUGGCUCCUCCCACCUCCAUCGAAGUGGUGGCCGCCGACACUCCCACCCCCCUCAGCCGCUACCCAACAGACACUCCAGCCCCCUUCAGCCGCUACCAAGCCCAGAACUUCACCCUGGUCUGCAUCGUGUCUGGAGGGAAGCCAGCGCCCAUGGUCUAUUUCAAACGAGAUGGGGAGCUGAUCGAUGCAGUGCCCCUGUCCGAGCCGCCACCGUCGAGCUCAGGCCCCCUUCAAGAGAGCAGGCCCUUCCGUAGCCUCCUGCACCGUGACCAGGACGACACCAAGAUGCAGAAGUCAUUGUCCCUCCUGGAUGCUGAGAACCGGGGUGGGCGUCCCUACACAGAGCACCCCUCCCGCGGCCUGACUCCGGACCCCAGCGUCCUCCUCCAGCCAACCACUGAGAACAUCCCAGAGACGGUCGUGAGCCGCGAGUUCCCCCGCUGGGUCCACAGCGCGGAGCCCGUCUACUUCCUGCGCCACAGCCGCACCCCAGGCAGUGACGGCACCGUGGAGGUGCGUGCCCUGCUCACCUGGACCCUCAACCCGCAGAUCGACAACGAGGCCCUCUUCAGCUGCGAGGUCAAGCACCCAGCACUGUCGAUGCCCAUGCAGGCGGAGGUCACGCUGGUUGCCCCCAAAGGGCCCAAAAUCGUGAUGACGCCCAGCAGAGCCCGGGUCGGAGACACAGUGAGGAUUUUGGUCCAUGGAUUUCAGAACCAAGUCUUCCCAGAGCCCGUGUUCACGUGGACGCGAGUUGGGAGCCGCCUCCUGGAUGGCAGCGCUGAGUUCGAUGGGAAGGAGCUGGUGCUGGAGCGGGUCCCUGCCGAGCUCAACGGCUCCAUGUACAGCUGCACGGCCCAGAACCCCCUGGGCUCCACCGACACGCACACCCGGCUCAUCGUGUUCGAAAACCCAAAUAUUCCAAGAGGAACAGAGGACUCUAAUGGUUCUGCCUCUGGCCCUGCUGGCGUCCGGCUCACCUUGGUGCUUGCCCUAACAGUGGUCCUGGAGCUGACGUGAAGGCGCGGCCCCUCCUCCCGCCACUCCAUCGGCACGGGCAUCUCCACGAUUGGUUUUCAUUUCUUUUCUAAACUAUUUCCAGUCUUGUUCUUAGUCUCUUUCUGUCUGUGUCUUGGCUUCUUCAAUUGGUUUAAUUAAAACAAACAGAACAAUUU